CUCUCCUCCGGCCUCUCUCACCUCCUUCUCUCUCUCUUUCUGGCCUCCAGCUUUAGAGAGAGAAAGGAAAUACCAGAAAUUAGGGUCCUCCGCCGUUCAUCUUUGCCUCAGCCCUCCCCUCGCACUAAUAUCGCCUUCCUCAAUUUGCCGUGAGGGUCCCCGUGGGCCCCCUCCUCCCCCUCAAUACUACCAAUGGGAAACAUGAAACCGGGUCAGGGAAUAGUUAAAGAUUUUAAAGGAAGAGCUACAUGUUACAAACAAGACUGGAUUACAGGAACCUGUUCUGGCUUCAAGAUAUUGGGUCCAACUUUUUACAUCUUUUUCGCUUCUGCUCUACCUGUUAUCGCCUUUGGAGAGCAGCUCAGUAGAGAUACUGAUGGAGCAUUGAGUACGGUGGAAACAUUAUCAUCUACUGCUCUUUGUGGAAUUAUUCACUCGAUAUUUGGUGGCCAGCCUCUGCUGAUUUUGGGGGUUGCUGAACCCACUGCUAUAAUGUACACUUAUCUGUACGAGAUCUGCAAACAAAGGCCAGAACUGGGUGCUGCUCUGUUUCUGCCUUGGGCUGCUUGGGUUUGUGUUUGGACAGGAAUCAUGUUGAUUCUGCUUGCAGUUUUUAAUACGUGCACGAUCAUCAACAAAUUUACGAGAAUUGCAGGGGAACUAUUUGGCAUGUUGAUUACUGUUCUUUUCAUUCAAGAGGCUAUAAAGGGACUGGUAGCCGAGUUCCAAAUACCUAAGAAUGAGAAUCCAAUGUUGGAGGAAUUUCAAUUUCAAUGGCUGUAUGCAAAUGGCUUACUUGCUAUUAUUUUCUCCUUCGGGGUACUUCUCACUGCCCACAAAAGCAGAACUGCAAGAUCAUGGCGUUACGGAACAGGGUGGAUGCGAGCCUUCGUUGCAGAUUAUGGGGUUCCAGCGGUGGUCUUGAUUUGGUCUGCGCUAUCUUAUAUGACACCGGCCAAAAUUCCACACGGUGUUCCCAGAAGGCUGGUUUGUCCUCUUCCUUGGGAAGCCGCGUCACUGUACCACUGGACCGUAGUCAAGGACAUGGGUAAGGUGCCAGUGCUUUACAUCUUUGCGGCAAUUAUCCCUGCCGUGAUGGUGGCAGGUUUAUACUUCUUCGAUCACAAUGUAGCUUCCCAGAUGGCUCAACAAAAGGAAUUCAACCUUCAAAAUCCAGAUGCCUACCACCACGAUAUGUUUCUGCUUGGAAUUAUGACUUUGAUUUGCGGUCUUCUUGGGCUUCCUCCAUCCAAUGGAGUCCUUCCACAAUCCCCCAUGCAUACCAAGAGUUUAGCAGUUCUUAAGAGGCAGUUGAUGCGCAAGAGAGUGGUUAAAAAAGCCAAGGAAUGUAUUCAGGAACAGAGGAGCAACUCUGAAAUAUAUGGAAAGAUGCACGAUGUGUUCAUAGAAAUGGAUACAGCCCCAACGAAACAAGAGUUGGAGACUCUGAAAGAGGCUGUGAUGAAACCUUAUGAGAAAGACGGUGUGAAACAAAAAUUUGAUCCUGAGAAACAAAUUGAUGCUUAUUUGCCAGUCCGAGUGAACGAGCAAAGGUUAAGCAACUUGUUGCAGUCCCUCCUGGUGGGAGCAUCCGUUUUUGCCAUGCCGGUUAUCAGAAUGAUACCUACCUCAGUUCUCUGGGGUUAUUUCGCUUAUAUGGCCAUUGACAGUCUACCAGGCAAUCAGUUCUGGGAAAGAAUAUUGCUUCUCUUUAUCACCCCAGGAAGGCGUCACAAAAUUUUGGAAGGCGAUCAUGCGUCGUUCGUUGAGUCAGUGCCGUUCAAAACCAUAGCUCUCUUUACACUGAUGCAGUGUCUGUAUUUUCUGUUCUGUUUCGGAGUGACAUGGAUACCUAUUGGGGGGGUCUUGUUUCCACUACCGUUCUUCCUUCUCAUAGUGAUAAGAGAGCACGUGCUUCCCAAGGUAUUCAGCAAUGGCGAUCUCCAGGAACUAGAUUCUUCUGAGUACGAGGAAGUUGCUGGUGCCCCUAAAGAUCCCACUGAAGUGCCGGAAGCGGAUGAGAAAUCUGACGAUUUCUUUGAUGCAGAGUUACUGGAUGAGAUGACAACCCACAGGGGAGAGAUGAAGCAUAGAAUGAGUUUCAACAGUGAAGACAAAUACUAAUGGGUAAAACAACUAGAACCUACAGAACACCUCCUCACAGCUAGCUUUAAAUAUAUCUGUGGUAAAGUAUGGCAUUCAUGGAUGUAUAUAAAGUAGACAGGCUGAUCCAGAAGACGCCAUCUCGACACAUGAUAUGGAUUUGGCUGUUGGUUAAGAUAUCUGGAUUGGGUUCCCAUAUUAAGAGCAAUCCUCAGGAGAGUUUGUGCUCAUGAUUCUUUGUAUAGUCAGAUUAAGGUUGAAGAUCAUCUUCUCUGGAGUCUGGAAGGAUUCGGUGGGAGGAAGGGAAGGAAUCGUUUGAACUCUGAAACAGACUCUGAAUUUGCAGCAGGAAAAUACCUUAGAAUUCAUUGCUGGUAUCUUGAGUUUUUUCGUUGUUCCCCUCCUUUGAGAAAUUUAUCACAAGGGUUUGGUGGGCUUGGAGGAAGAGAGUUUUUUACAAGAAAGAGAGGAAAUGAAAACAUUCAUCUUUUACUA